UUUUUUCUAAUCAAGAGAUUCAGCUACGGCAGAAGUGGCAAUCCUACGCGUAAUGUGUUAGAAACAUGCUUGGCUGCUCUUGAAGAUGGCUUUUGUUUCUCCUCUGGAUUGGGUGCUACAACUGCUAUCACAUCCUUGAUAAAAGCGGGAGAUCAUCUUAUUGCUGGAGAUGAUCUUUAUGGUGGAACCAACCGUUAUAUACAAAAGUGUUUAAGCAACCAAGAUGUAAAAAGUACUUUUGUCGACAUGACUGAUGUGCAAAAUGUUGUAGAUGCGAUACAACCAAAUACAAAGAUGAUAUGGCUGGAGACACCCACUAAUCCCAUGAUGAAAAUUACUGAUAUCAAAGCUGUCGCUGACAGUUUAAAGUUUUCUCGUUCAGAUAUUAUAUUAGUUGUCGACAACACAUUUUUGACAUGCUAUUUCCAAAAGCCUCUUGAUCUUGGCGCAGACAUAGUAAUGUAUUCGUUGACAAAGUAUAUGAAUGGUCAUUUGGACAUUAUUAUGGGUGCUGCAAUUACACGCCGAGACGAUCUCGCAGAAAGAUUGCGAUUCCUACAAAACGCAAUGGGUAUCGUCCCAUCGCCAUUUGACUGCGCCAUGGUAAAUCGUUCACUGAAAACGCUUGAGUUAAGACUGCAGCAACACAUGAAAAAUUGCUUAGCCGUAGCCAAGUUCCUCGAGUCUCAUCCCUAUGUUGAGCGAGUAUUGCAUCCGUAUCUCCCGUCGCAUCCACAGUAUGAACUCACGCUUAAACAAACAUCGGGACACAGUGGAAUGCUUUCUUUUUAUCUGAAAGGUGAUUCAGUGAAGUUUUUGAAAGCAUUGAAAAUCUUCACCUUGGCUGGGUCUUUAGGGGGAUCCGAGUCGUUAGCUGAAUUACCCUCCACAAUGAGUCACGCGUCCGUGCCGGAAGACAUGCGGGCCAAAUUGGGCAUAACCGAUCAAUUGAUUCGAUUGUCUGUCGGCCUUGAAACAGAACAGGAUCUCAUAGCCGAUAUCAAACAAGCAUUGGAAGCUUGUCAAUAAAUUAAUUAGACAGUCACGAAAUAACAAUAGCAGAUAUUUUAAUUUAUAUAUUGUAAUUUGUACUAUAAAUGUCGGAUUUUUAUCGUUAUAGAUUUCUGUACAUGUGAAUACUGUUUUACAUCAUUUAGAUAUAAAGAAAUUUUAUUUUAUAAACAUUUUAUACAUUCGACAGUUCGCAGAUUUACAUUAAGAACACUUGUAUAAUACAGCAAUAAUCGCAUACUUUUUGACACAUGAUCGCCCGUUCUGAUAUCUCUUGAUUUAUCAACGUUUAUUGGACAAAAUAGAUACAUGCAAAUAGAUGUGAUUCUCAAAUUUAGAAACGAUAUAAGUUACAUUUCAGAAUGACAUUAGUUAUUAAUGUUGUAUAUUACAGGCUGCGAACACUAAUCCGCUCUUAAUAGAUCACAAAACUCGACUGGCAAUCAAUAAAUUCGACAAACGUCAAUAAUUUUCAUUA